CCCUGAACAAGGGAGCUAGCGCAGGACACUGUACAAAAAAGCGGUACAUGUGCCUUUUCGCUUUUCUCACCACAUUGCAUUUAUACUGAAGGAGAGACUUGCUUUGUUGCCCAACUACGUAGCAUGAAUAAUGCAAGUAUGGUCACGCAACAGCGCCGGUAAUUCUGUAAUACAGAUGCAUAGGGUAGUUUGUCUGUAACCCCUCUUAGCGCGGCGAACAUCCUGCUUUUCCGCCUGGACGGCCUUUGCAAGCAGGCCACAACGUGGUAUCAAUUCCAGUCAAUCCUUCGUCGCGAGUACUGGUUCUCAGCUGCAGUGACUAAAUGGCUUCCAGUGGGAUUCCAACAACUAGUAUGACGCGACAUUCAGUGGUCAAGGUAGCGACAUUGGAGGAGGUGGCGAAUGAUGUGUUGCGGAUGGCCACGAGGAUUGUUCUUGCCGGGACAACUGGUACAGCGCCGAGAGGAGUGCAAUGGCCAGACACAGGCUCAGUUGCCGAGGCAGGGCAGUACGUGGAUAGCCUAUUAGGUUCAGCUCAAUGGCAAGUGCCCGGGGCCGGCCAGGAAGCAGGCAGGUUGUUCUUUGAGUGGUGGUCGCGCCCCGGCCCCAGCCUUGUCCUCGUCAAGGCGAUAGCGGUGGGAUUGCGGCGCGCAGCAGACCCUCAGGUGACGGCGGAGGAGCGUCUGGCGUACAACCGCUUUUCAAGGUACGUACUUCACUCACUGCAGCUGCUGGCCGACAGCGUGGGGCCCGAGGGCGGGUGGCUCUUUCCCAAGUUGGAGCGUGCUGCCCUGGCCAUCAUCCGCUCUGGCGCGCUGCAGUGCAUGAGCCGUCAACUCGCUAGCAUCACUGCUGCGGCGGCGGCUGCUGCGGCGGGUGAGGUGCAGCAGCAGCAGCGGCAGCCUGCGGACAGUGCCGCAACCGCAUCCCAGCCUGGUGCCGGUGCAGGGGACACACCCGAAGACACGCCCGAAGCACACGUUGAGUGCAUCCUUGCUGCGAGUUACUUUGUGAUAACCACCGUGCAUCGCAUCUGCAAGGCUCUGGAUGAAUCCAGUGGUGCCGGUAGUGCUGCUGCUGCUGCUGCUGAUGAUGAUGAUGAUGCUGGUGGAGGUGGAGGUGGCCAGGGUGUGCCCAACACCAGCAACAGCAGGAGGCUGCUGCGGGAGCUGGUGGAUGCGCUGGCGGACUCGCAGCUGCUGGAGCACGCCGCCAAGGCACUGUUUGCGGUCUUCACGACAGGGCCACCUCCCGAUAUAUUUCAUCACAUAACAGCGGCGCUGCGCUUUCUCUCCUCGCCACGUUCACGCCGUCCGUUGCUCCGAGCUCGCGGCCUGAUGGGUCAAUGCCUGCACUUCGUGCACACAGCUGCAGCCUUGGAAGCCCUGCGGGAGAUUGAUGGAGGGGGGCCCACCUACGGGCUGCCGGCGGAGGCGUUACAGGUUGUGAGGAAGAUAAAGGUGCUGCGGCCCACAGGGGAAUCGCGGUGCUCUCCGCAUGCUACGCUCCACUUCUGGGCGUUGACACAAACCCCUGGAGCCGGGCUGCCUGUGCACUCCUGCACCAGCCCUGCUGCUAUGUACCAGCUAUGCUUGCGCUUGAGUGCGGCCUCUAUCGGGUCAUUGCAGACGCGGGAUGGAGACGGGGACGGCAGCGGCAGCAGUGCUGGCGGUGGAGGUGGCGGAGGUGCAGACGCUUCGGGAUCCAGGAAGAGGCUUGCGCGCUGUUGGACGGCUGUGGCAGCCCUGCUGUCGGCACAUGACGCCCUGAAGCAGCAGUGGUCACAGCGACAGCAGCAGCAGCAGCAAUCGCCGCAGCGACAGCAGCUGCAGCAUUGCGAUUCACCUGGAAGCGGUGUGUCGAGCUCAGCAGCAGAAGCAGAGGGGCCCCCGGCGGCUGUUCCAGGGCGUGUGCCGCUGGUCCUGCCGGACAGCUGGUGGCGGGCCAGUGUGGGGGUGGUUAAUGCGGCUGCGGGCUGCAGCAACCUGAAGAAGAGCGCGGACGCGGACACGGAAAUAUGGAACGAUUUGGGGACGCUCCUGCGCGCCCAGAUGGCUGGGGGACAGCAGGCGGUGCAGAUGCCUGUCGACCUGCCUGCCAGCCCGCCGCCCGACGUGGCAGCCGCCCUCUCUGCCGGCUACCUACCCUGCCUGGAGCGGCUGCUGCGGCGGCAGGGAUGGCUACCUGCAAACGCCCUGUGCCUGCUGUCAUGGCGGCACCUGGGGUGGAUGCUGGCGUAUGGGGAUCCCCGGCAGGCGGCGGCGCUUGUGGAGACACUGUGUAAGGUUGCCCCUCCCCUGCAGGCCAAGGCUAGAGGAGAGACCACGCAGUCCCAGAGCAUGGUUCGCAAACUGGUGCGACUGCUGCUUGAUGGCAUGCACUGGGUGAGGAUGCGGCAGGAGGCCGGCAGCCGGGCUGGCGAUGACGUUGGGGCCCAGUGCUCCGGCAGCAGCAGCGGCAGCAGCCGUGAUGGUAGCAGCAGCAGCAGCAGCGGAUCUGCGGGUGCGGGAGGAGACACAUGCAGCACGCCCACUUCUCAACUGCUGCACAUCCUGGCGUUUGCGCUUAUCCGCUGGUUUCCCAUUUGCUUGACGGAACUGAUUUCCCAGCAGUUGACACUGAUACUGAAAGCUACAGACGUGGUACCGGAAGCAAACGCCGCUGAAGAAUGGAAGGAGCGGGGCGAGACCUGGCCCCCUGCACGAGACGCCCUGCGCCUGCUGAACGGCAUGUUGGACUGGAUGGCUGGAAGCUGCUCAGCGCCCGGAGCGGCUCAUCAGCCCCAGGAAGAGGCGGCGGCAUGGCAGCAGCUGUUCUUCUCCAGGGCUUCCCUCUUCAAAUUCCUGUUCUGCUUGGCAGGCUAUGUGGAUGCAGACUGGGUUCCGGCUGCCAAGGUUGCUCCUGGCUUUGCUCGUGUGCUACGGCGCCUGUGGGCGCACUCGCCAGACCUCCUGGUCCGGCUCCUACGCUACCGGGAAGCUGAUGUUGGGUCGUCAUCAUGCGGAGUGUUGCGGGGCCUUAUGAAGCUGUACGGUCCGGGGGGUGUGCUGCCGGACCCGCAGCUGGUGGAGAUGCUGCUGGCGGUGUGGGACGGACGGGAGCGGGAGGUGGCCGCAGUGCUGCCGGUAGUGCCGCAGCAGCUGCCGCCGCUGCGGGAGGUGUGCUCGCUGCUGCGGGUGUGCGACUACGGCACAUGCGACAACCUGGAGGGAGACAGCCAGCUGGUGGUAGAGCUGCAGCCGCGCAGUGUUGGAGGCCAGCAGAUGUGGUUCUGCUGCCCGGCUUGCGCAGAGAAGCAUGGGGGACAGGCGGGGGCAGAGGAGCCGGGAGCAGUGAAGACACGGGGCCAGAAGCAAGGCGGACAGGGUGGUGGUGGUAAGAGUGGAGGUGCGCGGCGGGGAAAGAGGCGGUAGUCGUCUGAUAGUGCCUGGCUAGAUGGAACGGUUGUGGCCAGUGUUGGUGCCCGCCUUGAGACAGGGCAGGAUUUGUAGCAGCAGUUGGCAUUAGUGUGUUUAGUUUGUGUGGUCUGUGUUGCGGUUUGUGUUGCAUUGAAUGUGUUACACCAAUGCUGCAAUAAGGGCUAUACGACAGUAAGGCAGCAAAUACCGUACUUGGUGGCUGGUAUCGACUGCUGCUUCCUCAGUAAUAGCCGGUGCAUUGGACGUGCGGUAUUGAUGAGAGUGAGGCAACAGAACUGCAGGACGCGAGGUAUGUGUAGCUGUAGUCUGGGACGCCGUGCAAUACUUUCUUUGACAAUCAAGACGACUAAAUCUUCAUGUACAUUCACUUCAACGUAGGUAGACCCAUGGGUCGCUGAAGAUGAAGAUGUGGGUGUACACAUGCCAGGGCCCUUUCAUGGUUGGAACGCGAGUGCUAUAAUUGGUGUAUGGUAUAUACGUACAGCUACGUCUGAUGCUGGUUGUGCGGAAAGUUGUACGGCAAUCCAAGAUUGCUAGUGUGUUGGUCCGAGACAUCCAAGCAACAGAAGAUAUGUGCCGGGACAGAUGAAUUAUGGGCAGAGAUGUUGCGGGCAAAUGCAGACCGCCGCACGAGCCAUGUACCGGUACAUGGACCCUACCAAACGUGUACAGGGAUAAGAACGGGGUUAGCUGGAGUUAAACGUGCUCAAAACAGUGAAAAAACCCUCAAACGGGGCUUUAAGUACGUUUUAAGUGUGCUUAAACGGUGCUAAAACGUGCUUAAAGUUGCCGUUUUUACUUAAACUAUGCUUUAAAGUGGUUAAGAUUGCUUUAAGAUUGGUUAGGACCGCCCAUGCUAAGACGGUCUAAGCCCCUCUUACCCAUGCUUAGUGGCUAAGCAAGCUUAUACGUUCUUAGCCCAAGCAUGAGCUUAGCACCAACAUCACCCACGCCUGGUGCUUAGCAUGGCCUUAAGAUAAGUCCGUCUUAGCAGCUCCACUCAGCUUAGUGUGCAUUAGCACAGGCUGGAUGGGAUGCACUUGAGCCCGUCACAGGGGCAGCGGCAAGGAUGCGUUGAUUGGCAUGUGUGGAUGCCAUGCCAGGCUGAGAUCAGUGGGGGAUAGUCUUUUUGACAGUCGCGGGGUCAGGAAAAUUCAGGCAUGUGCUGCUUUUGCUUUGGUAUAUAUGCUAGUUGAUGCGUCCCAUGGGUCUUUCGUAUGGGAGUUCACGCCUCGUGUUUCACCUGUCUAACAUGUUUUGAAACGGAGUGUAGGAAAUAGUUAUCAAUGCAGUUAAGCAUUGGGCAUGGAUGUCAAUUGGAUGGGUUUUUGACCAAUGGUUUCGGAUCUGCUGUGAAGUGAACUAACAUUGUCACUGAUUUCUGCUACUGUCAAAAUUUGGAUAGUGUUGCUGGACGGAAUAGUAGCUGGAUGUUUUAUAACCUAGUAUUCCAACGUACAUCUUGACGUGAUCCUGUCUAUUGUUGACUGCCUAUAUAUCAAUGUCAUGUUAAACUGGCUACUGAGAUAGGCAUGGUUUUCCUUCUAUGGACCGUCUUUCUGUCUAACAAUGGCUACUUAAUGUGACUAGCUGGCAGCAGACAGGCUACAUGCACCCCUACAUAUGGGGGGUAAUUUAUGCUAUUGCGGUUUGGCUGAGACCCUCUUCUAUGUUGGCCCUGCACCCAUUUGGGGCUAAUCCUGGUUAAGCUUGGAUAAUACUGGUUAAGCAAGGCUUAGCACAUUGUAAGCACAAAUGGUAGAGCUUAGCCGUUAAGGCUGAAAUUAAGUCCAUGUUAGCAUGCUAAGACGGAGUUAAACCCGGGUACACUUGAAACAUGUGCUAAGGAUGACUUAACCAGAAUUAGCACGGGACUUAGCCGUUCUUAACCCUGUACACGUUUGGUAGGGGGAUGUGUCACAUUCCCGUGGCUCGUGCAGCGGUCUGCAUUUUGCC